AUGUGCACGCGGUUGGUUCAUGCGCUUGUUUACUUGUGUAUUAUAGCGAUCUCUGCCAGUUCUUCAGGCUCUAACAACUCACCUGCAAGUGGCAUUCUUAAUACGCUGACCACGAGCUGCAAUGGUGGCUGCAGAAGCAAUGGCGCCUGUGUAAUCGUGGGCCAAUCCGGAUACAAUUUCGUCAACUGCGUAAACGACAUUAACUGCAUCACGUUGUCGUCUGGUCAAUCUGCGCUUUGCCUCAAUGCUUUCAGUUCGAUGAAAACUGAGUGGGUCUUUCAGCCCGGUGAGAGCAAUGACACAGCAGGAGUCGGACCCUUUGAACGUGUUGGAUUGCUGCAGCUCGACGGCAAUGUGACAGAGUUAACAUUCAAGAAGGCAGAAGAAGAACAAAGACCGCUCUUUGGAUCUCUAGAACUCGCUUCUAUGAACAUACAACCAGAUGCUACACUGGAUAAAGUGGCGUUUCAAAAUUUGAGUCUGUCUGGACUAGACGACGUAAUGCCUCUAAACAGGGUUAAACGAAUAUAUUUUAACAACUGCUCACUACGUGCAAUUCCUGCAGUCGCUGUAGCUGGUGAUUCUGUCACGGUCAUUGAUCUAGCUGGCAAUGCCAUCAACACUGUGGACACAAAGUUUCAAAAUCGGAAUUCAACUAAUCUUACUAUGCUUGAUUUAUCCUCCAACGCGCUUACAAACUUUAAUCUUGUCGCGAAUAACUUUCCAGCCCUUACGAGUUUAUAUCUGCACGGUAACUUAUUACAGGCAAUUCCCAAUGUGAUUUUUGGUCUAUCGACACUCCAGGAAUUAACACUAAGUGACAAUCCCAUAAACGCAUCGGGUCUUACAACGCAGCAACUGACAUUUCUAUCAAAUUUGCGCAAUUUCACGAUCGACGGUUUGACCAACACAAGUGAAUGUCCAACAGCUGCAGUGCAACAUGCGUUGAAGACUUUUUUUGUAUUUUGCGUGGGGGUUGCUGAGGCUGUUCCAUUCAACAACAGUAUACUCACCGAACAGCCACUGACAAGUGCGCCUGUGGUGACCGAGAGUAAAGCAUCAUCUUCUUCAUCACACAAUACUUGGAUUAUACUUGGUGCGUGUCUUGGGGCUCUAUUGCUUCUGUUCCUUUUGGGUAUCAUCUGGUGGUGCUAUCGCCGUCGAAGGGAUGAACAGCCGAAGCUUAUGAAUAGUAUGACACCAACGAUUGGUAUUGGAAUGGGCGACUUGUCUGAACAUCCAUACAUGGGACUAGGAGCUCCCUUUUCCAAUGUUUCGAGUCAAACAUCGGCAGACUUCGAGUUGCUUGCCUCUGUGGCAGACGGCUAUAUUGGACUUACUCGACUUUCUUACGACGAUGUAUUUCUCCACAAGAUGCUGCGGGUAAGUAGCCGUAGUGAGUUGUGGCUAGGCGAAUACAAGCAAAGAAGUGUGAUCGUUAAAAAGAUCAAAAGUAACACCGCAUCAAAAGCAUUACUCCGGGCCUUUGUGACUGAAAUUGAGCUGAUGUUUGAGCUCAAACACCCUAAUAUCGCGGUUUUCAGAGGCGCUAUGUGGGAUGCAGAUGGUACAGAGCUCUGCGCAGUGGUUGAGUUUGCCGAAAAUGGUGCUUUGCGAGACUGCACUGUGCAUAAUGAGAUCAAUUUUUCCGUUUCGAAAAAGUACGAUAUUGCCCGGCAGGCCUCAGCAGCAGUGGCGUUCUUGCACAAACAAAAUAUCGUUCAUGGUCGCUUGAGUGCGUUUAAUAUUCUGUUGGACAAGAACUAUUCUGUUAAGUUGAGUCUCUUCAGCAUCUUUCACUAUGUGAAGCUUUCACCUCUAGACAACGAGUGCAGGAUUUUCGUGGCUCCGGAAAUUUUGCGAGGCGAGCAGCCGUCAGAAAGGUCAGAUGUUUAUUCCUUUGGUAUAGCUCUUGUAGAAAUCGACACCGGGGAAACUCCAGUGAUGGACGCUCGAAGGCUGUUGAUGGAUCGAUCGAAUUGCGAUGUCAACGUGUCCUACACAGCAAUGAAGAUAGGGUACCGCUUGAGUAAUCUUUGUUCUGAAGUGAUGAAGAAAGUCAUCAUUGCUUGCCUGGAGAAAGACCCUGUACGACGGCCGUCGAUGGAUGAGGUGGUAUUGACUUUAAAAAAUGCAGCGAUAAAGCUGUAA